GAAGGGUCAUCUCUACAACUUUCGUGCCUCUACGGUGUCGGUGGAGGUGAGCCUGGGAAGAAAUCUGCAUUGCUGCAAUGUUGGAAGCGGACGUCCAGACCCUCGUCCACCGCUUCUAUGCCCUCCAGACCGAACGGGUCGAAGCCUACCACCUCUUCGAAGAGGGCCACCGGGCGUACCUCCGAAGCGGCCCCGACUACGACUUCUCCCGCUACCGCCAGCUGGUGCACGAGAUCACCCAGGCCUUCAGUGGGAUCUCGCGGGAGAUCCUGCAGAUCAAGGAGCAGCUGGAGGGACCCGGCGGGAGGCCCGACCUCGCCCAGCACCUGGGGCGCCUCCAGGAGAAGGAGAAGGAGAAGCUCGAGCUGACAGCUCAGCUGCAGCUAGCCAAACAAAACGCUCAAGACCACCCCGGCGUCAUAGCCCACCCUCAAGAGGUUCAGGAACUGAAGCAGAAGCUAAUUCAAACCAUCGAGGCAAUCAGCGAAAUUCUCCAGGAUUUCAAGUACGAUUCCGAAGAAAGCACUUGAUGGGACGUCCCGGAGGAGGAGGAGGAGGA